AUGCUGCUUAAUCCAAGAGAUAUCACUGCCCCUAAAGACGGAUACAAGGUCCCGGCUGGUGAAGCAUAUUCUAUUCAAUGGGAGCUCGGUUCGCAUCAUGACGACAAAGUUACCAUCAAGCUCUUUGCCGGCAUUGGGAAAGAUCAGACUAAUUUCAAUGAACUCAAGACAAUCGGCAAGGGUAUCGAUAAUAGUAAAGGAAGCUAUAGUUGGACCCCCAACACGGCAGACGACACAAGCCUCACGUACAUGUUGACAAUCACGUCGGACAGUGAUGACUCUGUCUACCAGUUGUCGGACAACUUUCAGAUCAUUACAGAGCCAGAUGACGUUUCUGCCACGACGACGGAAGGCACGCAGACAAGUCAGACCUCGUCGCAGACUUCCGUCACCACUGUUGUGACUACGGCGUCCACCACCAGCUCUAUGCAAGGAAUCUCCAGCGCGAGCGGGGACAGUACCAUCACCUCAUCGCCAACCACGACGAGCUUGUCCGGCGGCUCCUCUGCCACGUCCAGCUCCAGUAGCCCGAGCAGUACAAGUGCUGUAGGGCGCAACGUAGCCGACAUAUUCGCGAUGAUCCUGGGGCUAGCUCUUGUAAUGUAUGCUCAGUAG